UCUGUCAGUGAAUGUGUUUAGUGCUCUUGAGGUCAUUAUUUUUGCAUUCAUAAAUGUCAUCUAGCACAAAAAAAUAAUGAUUUCAAGAAUAAUACAAAAUUUCAAAUCUUAAAAUUAAACUGAUAAGAAUAAAUAAAUUAUUACCAAAUUAUAUCUCCAAUAAAAUGAGAAUUUUUUGUUAUCAAGAGUAAUCAUUAAAAAAAAUUAAUUUGACUCAUCAUAACCAUGACAAGAAUACCUCGAGAUGUCCUUGGUGUUGUACGUGGGUGUUCGAAAGUAUUGGAGGCGAGUGUACAACUGCAAACAGAUUGUACCCAGAAAUUGUGGCGUAAUUCAAGCAUUAAAGAGAUCACGCAAUCUGCCGUGAAUAGUUUUAAUAAUGGCAGUGGAACCCCUAAUCUAUUAACACCCGAUAAAAUUUUUAAUGAAGUUGUAAAAAAUAUGAGUGAAAGUGUUGAACGUGUGGGAGCAGUCGUGGAAAGUGCUAAGCAAUAUACCAAAUAUGCGGCAACAGGUGCAAUUGAAUCGCCUCAAGGUGUCGAGAUCAAAUCAGAAAAAAAAAGUUUAAUUGAUGAUGAUAAAGAACUAUAUGAAAUUAAAUUAACUGACGCAGAAAAAGCAAUUUUAGACAAAAUCGAUAAGGAGUAUGUGAAAAAAGCAAUGAAGAAACAACAAAAACAAGAAGCUGUUAAAACAAUUGAAAAACCUGAUUUGAAGCCACCAAAAGAGAAGUUAUUGGAAAAAGAAUCACAUUUGAUACCAAAAACAACGAGUGAUGAUUCUAAAGAUAUGCCUAAAGUUAGGCCCUCGUUAAGUUUGACUGCAAAAGAAAGAAAAGUACCUUCUUCUAGAAUAGCACGUAUGAUAUCAUUUGGAAGUUUAGCAGCUGGGUUAGGAAUUGGUACAGCUGCAGAAGCGGCUAGAAGAACAUUAGGUUUUAAUAAACCUGAACCAGAAAGUGAAAGUCAACAUAUAGAUAGUCUAUUUUUAUCACCUGCAAAUAUGGAUCGAAUUGUUGAUACUUUAUGUAAAGUAAGAGGUGCUGCGUUAAAAAUAGGACAAUUGUUAAGUAUUCAAGACGAAUCAUUAAUAUCUCCUAGACUUUCCAAGGCUCUUGAACGUGUACGACAAUCAGCUGAUUUUAUGCCAGAAUGGCAAUUAUUAGAUGUAUUGAAUAAACAGUUAGGAUCUGAUUGGCGUUCUCGUGUGGCUGAAUUUGAUAUGAAACCAUUUGCUGCUGCGUCUAUUGGCCAAGUGCAUUGGGCAAAAUUACAUGAUGGUACUGAAGUAGCCGUCAAAAUUCAAUACCCAGGUGUUGCCGAAGGAAUUCAAAGUGAUAUUGAUAAUUUAGUUGGCAUUCUAAAAGUAUGGAAUGUAUUUCCGGAGGGAAUGUUCAUUGAUAAUCUUAUAACUGUUGCAAAACGUGAACUAUCUUGGGAAGUUGAUUACCUACGUGAAGCUGAAUAUACUAAAUUAUUCAAAGAUCUUUUAAAACCGUAUCCAGAAUUUGCCGUACCAAGAGUCAUUGAUGAUUUAUGCAGUCAACGAGUUUUUACUAGUGAAUUAAUGGAAGGAGUUCCUGUUGAUAAAUGUAUAACAAUGGACGAGGCAACAAAAAAACAUAUAUCCACUAAACUAAUGGAAUUAAUUUUACGUGAAUUAAUGGAAUUUCAAUAUAUGCAAACGGAUCCAAAUUGGUCUAACUUCUUAUAUAACGAGAAAACUAGACAGAUCGUAUUGUUAGAUUUUGGAGCAUCGCGACCAUAUUCAAAACCAUUUAUGGAUCAUUAUGUUCGUAUUAUCAAAGCAGCAUCAGAAAAUGAUCGUGAAACUGUAUUACGUAUAUCACAAAAAAUGGGUUUCUUAACUGGCUAUGAAAGUAAAGUAAUGGAAGAGGCACAUGUGAACGCGUGUAUGGUAUUUGGUGAAAUAUUUCGAAUACCCGAUGAAUUUAAUUUUCCUGCACAAAAAACUACACAAGAAAUAACGUAUCUUGUGCCAGUUAUGUUAAAACAUCGUUUAUGUCCACCACCUGAAGAGAUCUACUCGUUACAUAGAAAAUUGUCAGGAAUAUUUUUGUUAUGCUCAAAAAUGAAAGUCAAGUUGAAGUGUCGACCAAUGUUUUUAAAUUUAUAUAAAAAUUACAAAUUUGAUGAAGAAGUUACAACUACAACUAAUUAAUGUUUUUGGUCUGGUUACUUAGCCUAAUUGUAAUGCAAUAUGCAGCUUUGUAAAUAAUAUUUUAUUCUUUCAAAA